AUGGCACAGGACCCGCGCGCUCUCCUCCAAAAAGCCGACAAAGCCCUCGCUGGCGCAUCGGGAGGCUUCAGCUGGUUCGGUGGACGGACUGAGAAAUAUGAGAAUGCGGCCGAUCUCUUUACACAAGCUGCGAAUGCCUUUCGCGUUCAGAAGAUGAACAAGGAAGCCGGUCAGGCUUUUGAAAAAGCCGCCGCUAUUCAGACCCAGAAUCUCAACGAACCCGACGACGCAGCCAACACUCUUCAGGAAGCUUUCAAGGUGUAUCGCAAGUCCGACCCGGAAGAUGCUGCCCGUGUCUUGACGAGCGCGAUCAACCACUACGUUCUGCGCGGAAACUUGCGCCGUGCUGCGACCCAGCAGCAAUAUCUUGCGGAGCUGUACGAGGCGGAGCUCGGCGACGUGAAGAAGGCUUUGGAGGCAUAUGAGAAGGCAGCGGAGUGGUUCGAAGGUGACAAUGCCGAGGCGCUCGCCAAUAAACACUUCUUGAAGGUGGCCGAUCUGGCUGCUCUGGAAGGUGACUACUACAAGUCCAUCACAAACUAUGAGCGCAUUGCCCGCCAAUCCAUCGCAAACAACCUCAUGAAGUGGUCGGUGAAGGACUAUCUCUUGAAGGCUGGAAUCUGUCACUUGGCUACGAAGGAUAUGGUCGAGACUAACCGAGCUCUCGAAACGUACCGCGAGAUCGACCCAUCUUUCGCUUCGACUCGCGAGCACCAGCUUCUUGUUGACCUGCUGCAAGCUGUCGAGGGGGGAGACCAGGAAGCUUUUGCCGAUAAAUUGUUCCAGUUUGACCAGCUCAGCAAACUUGACAAGUGGAAGACGACCCUCUUGCUCCGGGUCAAGAACAACAUUGAGGAGGCGGAAGAGGAUUUCUCGUAG